AUCCCUCAAAUAAUACCUAUUAAUUGAAUUAUAUCUUUUUUUUUUUUUAUUUUAAUUUUUAUUAUAUUUAAUAUAAUAAAUUACUAUAUUUCUAUAAGUAAACCUUCUUUAAAUUUUUCUAAUAAAAAAUUUUCCCUUAAAAACUUUAAUUGAAAAUGAUAA